AUGGUGAAGUUCCUGGUGAUAUGUGGAGUGUUUUCGUGGAUGCUGAGCUUUUGCCAAGUCUGUAUUUAUGGUGAAAAUGUGCCAAAGAAGCCUAAUAUUGUUGUGAUUUUAGCUGAUGAUGUUGGAUCACACGAUAUAAGUUUGAGAGGAAACAAUCAGAUCCUCACGCCUAAUAUCGAUGCUUUAGGCUAUCAAGGAGUCAUCAUGAACAGACAUUACACCGUGAAUUUGUGCUCUCCCUCGAGAGCAGCCUUGCUAUCUGGAAAGUACUCAAUUCGCACAGGGAUGCAAUAUCUUGUCGUUCUCCCCGAUGAGGCAUGGGGUUUGCCACUAACUGAGAAACUCCUGCCGCAAUACCUUAAGGAAGUCGGCUAUCAGACUUACAUGGUUGGGAAAUGGCACUUGGGAUCUUGCCUAAAAGCCUACAUACCAACUCAUCGAGGUUUCGACACUCAUGUUGGACUCUUGGGAGGUGCAAUUGAUUACUACAACUACAGCUUUGCCACGGGUGGAAUGCCCUACACUCCAGGAUUCGACUUCAGAUACAACGAAGAAGUCUAUCGCGAUAGAGUUGGAGAAUAUGCAACGGAUGUUCUCGGAGAUGAAGCUGCCAAGAUCAUUAGCAAUCACAAUAAGUCCGAAGGACCGCUUUUCCUUUAUCUAGCUCAGGUUGCCACGCAUGCCGCCAAUGAUUAUGAUCCUAUGCAAUUCGUUCCUGAGGAUCUGGAGAAAGUGGGACACAUCAAAGAUCAGCAGAGAAGAGUUUAUGCCGCUAUGAUUGAAGCUCUGGAUCGAUCAGUUGGAACAGUUGUUAAAGCUCUGAAGGCAAAGGACUUGCUAGACAAUACUAUAAUCCUGUACUUUUCGGACAACGGAGGUCCUACAAACGGAUUGUUCUCCCUUAAAGCCUCCAAUUAUCCACUAAGAGGGCAAAAACAGAGUCCUUGGGAAGGAGCACAUCGAGGAGUGGCUCUAGUUUGGAGUCCUCUUCUGCAGCAGAGACAUCGCGUAUCCGAACAUUUGACUCACAUCACGGAUUGGCUGCCAACAUUUGCUCAGAUUGCUGGUUCAACUUCGAUCAAAUCCGCUGAACUUGAUGGCUUCGAUAUUUGGGAGACUCUUUCCUUCAACAAACCUCCAAUUCGCCGUGAAAUGGUCCACAUCAUUGAUCCUAUUAGCGGCUACACUUCUUAUUACCGCGAUGGUUGGAAGUACAUAAACGGCACGACAUAUGAUGGCCAACAUGACGGUUGGCUAGGCGAAAUGCCCUUUGAUGAACAUCCUGAAGCCUAUCGCUAUCCUCAGGUUGUGAUGGAAAGUGAGGUUUGGGGAGCCUUGAAUCCUUACGCACAGAGAUCUUUGGAUGCCGUGGACAUCAUGGGAAUCAGGAGAAACACCAAGAUCACUUGCAAACAUCAAAUACCAUCAGCUACACCCUGUUAUCCUCUGCGUGCUCCUUGUCUGUUUAAUGUGGAAAGUGAUCCUUGUGAGUUUAACAAUUUGGCGGACUUGAGGAAAGGACAAAUGCAAGAAUUCGAGCAGAGACUCGAAUAUUUGCAGAAGAUCUCAGUACCGCCGGGAAAGAAGCCCAGCGACCCCCGAGGCUAUCCGGACGUCAACGAUGGCCUGUGGACGUGGUGGCUGGAGGGAUUGGAGGAAAGUCAUUAG